AUGUUAUUGAUAGCAAACAAUGAUGAUCAGAAAGUAUCCACUUUCGUCAACUUUAUCAUCGGUGGAUUAUCUGGUGCCGCAGGGCAGACUGCCACCCAUCCGUUCGAUGUGUUCAAGGUACGAAUGCAAGUAUCGAAAGCUUCUUUGAGUCAAACGAUACGCGUUUCUUUGAAACACAUUGGAAUACAAAGUUUUUACAUUGGUUGGACUGCUAGUAUUCUUCGUCAAUUAACAUACAGUACUGCUAGGCUUGGAAUGUAUACCACAUUGUACGACCUUGCCCAAGGAUACUUUGGACGUUUGAAUUAUCCAACGAUGGUCAGUAUUGGAAUGUUGUCUGGUGUCGUGGGCGCAUUUGUUGGAACACCAACCGAUUUGGUUCUGAUUCGUAUGGUAGCCGAUGUAAACUUGCCUCCAGAGAAACGAAGGAAUUAUAACAACGCGAUUGUCGGGCUGAUAGACAUUUGGAAAACAGAAGGUACACGUGGAUUGUGGAGAGGAGCUGUGCCAACAAUGACUCGAGCUGCGAUCGUGAAUGGAACACAGCUGGGUACAUACAGCAGAGCUAAGAUGAUGUUGAUUGAUACAGGUCAUUUCGAGGAGGGUGUAAUAUUGCAGUUUCUUGCGGCUAUGAUAUCCGGCCUGGUGAUGUGCACAGCCUCACUUCCGGUGGACGUAGCCAAAACUAGAAUACAAAAUUGGAAUUUACCAACAAAACCGCCAGGAAUUGUGAGUAUGAUGAUUAGCAUCGUGCAGAAUGAAGGAGUAACAUCGUUGUGGAGAGGAUUUUUACCUUAUUAUUGUAGAGCAGCACCCAAUGCUGUAAUAACUAUGAUAUGUAUGGAUCAAUUGCAUCGUAUGUACCGUGAAUUCUUUAAACCGUCCACUGAAUAAAGUCUUAUUAUCUCAUAUUUUAAUGGAGUGUAAAUUUAUUGAAAGAUAUUCAAUAAUGGCUACGAUUUUUUUAAACGACUACAUCAUGUAUCGCCUGUACAGCUUAGUAAUUUGUUCAUUGAAUAAUAACGUUAAAAC